AUGAAAAAAUGGAUUAUAACCGUAAAUUUAUUGUUUUAUAUUACAUUGGUCGCUCAAUGGAAGGCUGUAGAAUCGGCACAGCCUCCAUCAAGUGGCAGUGGACCACCUAAGGGUGGUGGCUCCACUCCAAACCAAUCCUCUACACCUAAAUCGCAACCUACAACUCAAGCUAAUCAAUCGCAAUCACAAUCAAAUCCAACUAACGCAACAAGUGCUAGUCCUACUCCAGGAACUCAGCCAUCUCAAGCAACACCAAAUCAACCCAAUAGUCAGCCAGCAAAAAAUGCAUCGCAACAUCAAUCAAGUGCAUCUGCAACUAAUGUAACGAGUUCUGUUACAGGUCAAGCCAGCGGAACUCCUGUAUCAAGUGGUUCUACCAAACAAGUUACCCUUGAUAUAGAGAACAAACUGUCCACAACAGAGGUCGAUUAUGCCAAGAAUGGUAAAUAUCCUACAUAUACAGCGAAGUCUGGCUGUGGAUUUAACAAAAUUGUGAAGAAAACAGAAGUCAUUUGGGAAUCCAAAGAUGUCUGUGGAACAAUAGUAGCUACUAAGGGCAAUGAUAAUGUUGCAAUAUUUCUUGAGACUGGUGGAUGUAUAGUACUCAAAAAGUCUAGUGGUAAAUGGAAUGAUAUAUCCAGUCAGAAGCAUGAUAUAACGAGACUUAAAUUCUAUGGUGAAAAUGAUAAUGAGAUCACUUCAUCUAAUUACAAGGUUAAAGUCCUAGGGUAUUCAAGCAGUUUUGCCUUCAUUUACGAGUUCAGCGAAGUUAAAUGCCUGAAAAUCAAAUUUGGAGAUAAUGAUCUAUGGAAACAUACGGACGACGAUGAGUACAAGGAUAUUACUAUGUUUCAAUUUGAUCCUAUUAAAAACGAGCUAUAUGUCGCUAAGAACAAAAAUAAGUAUAAGAAAAUAGAUUAUAAAGGGCCGCUAGCUCCACCUGCUAGUCAACCAGGGGCUACCACUGCAGGUACAACUCAAGCUCAACCAAAGGGAGCUACAACUACUCCUCAGGCUCAAGCUCCGGCUACUCCUGCUGUAGAGGCUCCUAAGGUAGCUCCUUCUAGCCGACCCGUAACACUUAAUAUCAGUGGGAAGGCCAGUACUGAAGACUACGAUUUUACCACCGAUCAUAACAGGAAUAUUAAGAUUUACACCGCCAAGGGUAGUUCAAUGUUUAACAAGGUCGUCAAGGAUGAUACAGUUAUUUGGACGACCAAUGACAGUACUAAGUAUGUCACUAAGGUUUUCACUGAUGGUAUCGGUGCUUGUGCCAGUACCAAAAAUGUGACCAUAUAUCUGUUUAACGGUCAUAUAGAACAUUAUUGGAAGUCAGACGGUGGAUGGCAGAAGGCUUCUAACAAAAUAUGCCUUGACCUAGGUAAGACCUCUAGUACCAUUGGGUUUGACUUUCAUCAUGAUGGUGAAAAAAGGACAUUCACUGCAAAACCUGGAUACCUAUUCAACUCCGUCAUCCUCAGUGGAUGUAUGUCUGGUAAUACUUUUUGGCAAGGAGGAACUGACGAACGGUGUUCAAGGAAGGUGGUGGUCUAUGGUGUCGAGUCAAGUAUUAAAAACGUUAACGUAUUUUUGGAAAAUGAAAGAGUUAUACACGCCCAUAAGGUUGGCAGGAAUUGGAUCUCAUCAACUGGCUUUACUCUUGAUAUCGGUAAAAAUUCGAAUAAUGACCUGUUUGACUAUAGAUCGACUAGGGGAUUUGGUCACUUUAAUCCUAAGGCCAAUUUGUCAAUCACUAACAUUGUCAAGAAAGAGCUUAAGAUAUGGUCUGCGAAAGAUAGGGACUAUGGCCUCAAAGUAGUCUUAAUGGGCUCUGGCAAGGAUGUGAAACAUAUGUCAAUUCUGUUGGAGAGUGGAAAGUUUGUGCUCCUUACCAAGAGCGGUCAGAAUAAGCCUUGGCAAGACGUCACUCAAAAUAAACAUAACUUCUCUGGGGUAAGGAUGUUCUCUCUAGAUGAGGGUACAUCAAAGUACCAUCAACUGACUAAGGAAGAUUAUGAACCUAUAGUUUUCGAGUGUAGAUAUGGUUAUGAGUUCAAAAAUGAUGUCAGGUGUGUGAUGAUCACCAAUAUGGAUAUGGUACUGUGGAGCCACACCGAAGACACGGAGUUUGGUUAUCCUAAGGGAUUCUAUCUCGAUCUUCGUCAAAACAAGUUCAGUGUCACAAGUCUUAAAGAUCAGACAAAGGAAGUAACUCCCACAAAAAUAAGUGCCGCAAUUUCUGUUGCUACUCCUGUAGUUAAAGUUCCAGUUGCUGAACCAGUGAAAGCUCCUGUAGCUAAAGAAGCAAUAGUGACCCCUAAAGCAACUCUUGUAGCAGGUCCACCAAUUGUUAAGUUAUAUUCCAGUAAACCAGGGGAACUCACAUGUAAAGUUGAGAAAGAGUUUGACGAUUUUGAUUAUUAUUUGCAGGAUCUUAAAUGUGAAUUGAUUACACAUGACGGAAACUGUGUUUGGAAACAUGAAACUGGUAAACCCUACCCAAGGUAUAUGAGCUACAACGAGGAGGACUGUAAAAUAGUUGUAAGUUUCGAAAAGGAGUACUAUACGUGUACCAUCCAAGAUAGUAAGUGGAAAUCAGUGAUACGUAGUCAAGACGGUAUGACUGGUGGUAUUGGCCCAUCAUACGCAUUUGGUGAUACCUCUACCUUAACUAAAUCUUAUUCAAUUAUUUCAACUGGAGACACUACUAAACCAACUGAGGCUAAGACAGUCGCCGCUCCAGCAGUAACUGCUCCACCCACACCCACUGAACCUACCAAGGUGGCUCUGGACAUUGAGAAGAAACAGACCACCACCGAGUAUGACUACAAGGAUGAGAACGGAGUGGUCACAUACAGUCCCAGGGAUAACCGUGUGUUCAAUAAGGUUAAUGAGGGCGAUUAUGAAAUUUGGAAAUCUGCUGCUGAUGUAUUUGGUAAGCUGGUAAGGACUAAGGAAACCAAGGGUGUCAAUUACCUUGUAGUCCUACUAACCAAUCGUACAUUCAGUUUGUUCCAAGAGGCGCAAAAUGAGUGGAAGGAUAUCACCAAAGAGAGGCACGAUGUUAAGAAGCUAAAAUUCUACGGAGAAGGUGACACAGUGCUGAAGGAGACAGACUACGAUGUAACUAUAGUAGACAUGUCAUUUAGUCACACAUUCAAAAGUGGUGUCAAUUGUAGGAGGGUGUUGCUGGGUCAAGAGGUUGUCUGGAAAUCAGAUCACGAUCCAAAGUUUCCUACGAUAAGUGCGUUUUCACUAGGUCUUGCUUCAAACUGUUUCUUCAUUAAGAACGCCUCUGGUGAUGUCAAGAAGAUAGAACCCAAGGUAGAAGCUGAAUUGGUUACCAAAGUGACUGCGGCUCCGGUUAAAGCAGAACCUGCUGAACCAGUUAAACCCAAAGAAGCUACUCCAGCUACUGCUGGCAAAUCCAUCAGUCUUGAUAUUGAGACCACGAAGGGUACAGAUCAGUUUGACUUCACUGAUGAUAAUAAUGUUAAGACCUUCAGUAGGAAGAACGACUGUGUGUUUGACAAGGUUUCAGAGAAAAGUGAUGUGGUUUGGGAAUCCGAGGGUGUGUCUGGUACUAUGGUUAGGACUAAGAAAUUCCCUAACGGUGACAUGUUCUUGGUCAUACUACUGGAGGAUGAUAUGGUCAGGCUGUUCCAAAAACCUGCUGGUGGAAAAUGGUCUGAUGUUACUGCUGAUAGAUUUGAUUUGAAGAAAUUGAAGUUCUUUGGUGAAAGUGAUAAGGAACUAAAGUCGUCAGAUUAUAAUGUAAAUUUGGCUUUUCUAUCAUAUGAAUUCGUAUUCAAAACUGGUAUCAAAUGUCAGAAGGUGAAAUUGGGAGAUGACGUGGUAUGGAACCAUGAUGAGGAUCAGAAGUUUGAGGAGAUCAAGGCGUUUACACUUGGUCUUACCACAAAUAAGUUCUUUGUGAAGAACAAGAAUGAUGAAGUCAAGAAGAUAGAAUAUGAGGCUAAGACUAAAGAAGAGGUUAAGGGGACAGUUAAAGCCGAAGAACCUAAACCAGUAGCAGAACCUGCAAAGCCUGUCGAUAAAGAACCUGCUAAGGAGGUAACUGAGACUAUCAAACCUGCUACAGCUCAAGUAACAACUGCUGUAACAACUCAACCUACAACAACUUCUGUUGUUAAAGAGGCUCCCAAACCAGCUGUGCCUGAAGAACCUUUAUCAGAUCGUACUGAAAAGUCCAUCGACCUUGACAUUGAUAAGACUCAGGGUACUGAUAAAAUUGAGUACUCAAAGAGCCAGAGUGGUAACAUUCAUAGUUUCACUCCCAAGGGAGAUCACUUGUUCAUUAAAAUUACCCAGGGAAACGAUGUUCUUUGGGAGUCAAGAAGUAAUUUGUUUGGAACCAAGGUUAUAUUUAUUAGUGAGGGUAACAAGAAUUACGUAGGUAUCAUACUUGAUAACGGUGGAUUGGUACUAUUUAACAAGUUCGCUGGGAAGUGGGACGAUAUCACUAAUACCAAAUAUGAUGUGAUGAAACUGAAAUUCUAUGACGAUAAAGAGAAGGAACUCACGUCCUCGAGUUACGAGGUUGCCCUAGUUGACUACUCUUACAGGAUUAUAUUCAACAGAAAUGUUAAGUGUAAGAAGGUGAAGUAUGGAAACGACGAUGUUUGGAAAAGUACUGAUGAUACCAAAUUUAAAGAAAUCAAAAUGUUUGAUCUUGAUUUUGUUUCUAACAGUUUUGUGGCCGUUAAGGAUAAAAAUAAAUCUAAGAAACUAGAUUUUAAACCAACUCCCACAACUACAACUCCUCCUGCUACGCAAACACCCACAACUACUGCUGCUACUACAACAACUACAACUUCUCCUGUUACAACUACAACACCUCCAGCUACAACGACUGCUACAACACCUGUAACAACUGGUACUACCAAAGGGGUUACCCUUGACAUUGCCACGACUCAGAGUACCAAUGAUUGCGACUACUGCAAGAGUGGUAGCUAUCCAACAUAUACAGCGAAAUCUGGGUGUGGAUUCAACAAAAUUGUGAAGAAAACAGAAGUCAUUUGGGAAUCCAAAAAUGUGCUUGGAACCAUAGUGGCUACUAAGGGUAAUGAUAAUGUUGCAAUAUUUCUGGAUAGCGGUGGUUGUUUAGUACUCAAAAAGUCUAGUGGUAAGUGGAAUGAUAUAUCCAGUCAGAAGCAUGAUAUAUCCAAAGUCAAGUUCUUUGGUGAUAAGGAUGUAGAGAUAAAGAGAGCUAAUUACAGGGUUAAAGUCCUAGGGUAUUCAAGCAGUUUUGCCUUCAUUUAUGAGCUUAAUCAAGGAGUUAAGUGUAAGAAAGUGAAACUUGGAGAGAAAGAAAUCUGGAAACAAAGUGAUCAUCCAGGAUUUGAGGUUACCAUGUUCCAGUUUGAUCCCAUUAAGAACGAGCUUUAUGUUGCCAAGACCAAAGAUUCAUACAAGAAACUAAGCGUUUAA